CUCAUGCAUUCUGUCUCGGACUGUCUGACAAAGAAAACAGUCCCAGCCCAAGUAUGGCCCACUCUGCAGCAGGCAUACAGACCCCAUCUGAGGAUGAAUGUCCCAUCUGUAGGAGCACCCCAACGGACCCACAUCACCCUGCUGUCUGUUCUCAUGUGUUCUGCCGCCCAUGUCUGACCCGUUCUCUAAUGUGGUUACCCCACUGCCCUGUGUGCAGAGCUGAGGCGCAGGUUGAUGACAUCAGGCCUGUCAGAGUCAAGACGGGGACCAUGGUCGUCAGGUUGGGUCAACCUCUACCUGGCUUGUCGGGGCUUUCCACCCCAGCAACAAGAUCUGUGGCAGGUGACGUCCAGAGCUAUAUCAGACUGCUGCAAAUGGGCACUCAGACAGAAGGAAGGAGCCUGGCCAAUCAGACCCCAGCUGUCACCACAGCCCCUCCCCUUCCCACUCCAAGACACCUCCCCAGACCACUCUCUUCCUCCAUCACUCCUCCUGCCCCAACCAAUGAUAUAGACCUAUAUAUGUCUAUGACUUGUAGACCCGCCCCAAAACUCACCCCAACAGCUGGCACUACUGCACCUACCAGCCAACUUGCCACCCCACCUACCAUCCGAUCUGCCACCCCACCUACAAUUACUCGUCCUGCCACAACCAAUGGUUUAUACAUGACUAUGGCUCAAACACCUGCCCCCACAGUCACUCCAACAGGUGCCACAACUACACCAGCACCUACAACCACAACUACCAUACCUGCCAUCACCCUGACACCUACCAUCACAUCUAAACCCACCCCCACACCCCGCACCAGGGCUUUCUCCGCCCCAGGACGACAGCCUUUGGCCAUCCCUCAGCGCACACCUUCCACAGCGCAAAGACCCACCUCUACCUCUCACCCUGCUCCCCCAGUACUGGCUGCUCCUCCAGCCCUCUCCUUCACAGAUGAUGGUGACUUGUAUGAAAACUUGCUGGGCUUGCAAGGCCAGUUAGUGAGUUCUGUGGUGAGGAUGACGUUUGUCUGUCCGUUCUGCCAGGAGAGUUGCCUGGAUGCGAGGGAUCUGUGGAUUCACUGCAAUGGCAAGCAUUACUAUGACAACAGGCCCGUGGUGUGUCCAGUGUGUGUCUCUCUGCCUCAUGGUAAUCCACACCAAAUUAGCAGGAACUUCAUCAUGCAUCUGAACCUGAGACACUGCUACUAUGCCGAGAAAUACACGAACACCCAUCAAACCGACAUGUUGAACUUGCAAGAUGGCAUUAUUGAGUCUCUCCAGGAUAACAACCUGAAUCCCAGAUGAUCUUUAUCGAUAUCAGCCACAACAUCAGUAAUCUAGUAAUUUAGCAAUAACACACUCAUCAUGAUUUGUAUAUUUUCAUGCUAAAGCUGCUCACAGAAUCGUUUGAUGAAAGGCAAUGUUGUCGAACGUUGAUUGUUGCAGCUGUUCUUUUCUUUCUUUUGAAUGUAUAAAACCAUGCCCUGUUUACUGCAUCUAUCAAAUGUAUCAACUUUAAUGGACAUUUUCAAUAUCAGUUUUGAUAUACGUUUUCGUACAGUACCAGUCAAAAGUUUGGACACACUUCCUCAUUCAUGGGUUUUUCUUUAUUUUUACUAUUUUCUACAUUGUAGAAUAAUAGUGAAGACAUCAAAACUAUGAAAUAACACAUAUGGAAUCAUGUAGUAAGCAAAAAAGUGUUAAAGUAGCCACCAUUUGCCUUGAUGACAGCUUUGCACACUCUUGGCAUUCUCUCAACCAGCUUCACUUGGAAUGCUUUUCCAACAGUGUUGAAGUAUUUCCCACAUCUGCUGAGCACUUAUUGGCUACUUUUCCUUCACUCUGCGGUCCAACUCAUCCCAAACCAUCUCAAUUGGGUUGAGAUUGGGUGAUUGUGGAGGCCAGGUUGUCUGAUGCAGCACUCCAUCACUCUCCUUCUUGGCAAAAUAGCCCUUAUACAACCUGGAGGUGUGUUGGGUCAUUGUCCUGUUGAAAACAAAUGAUUGUCCCACUAAGCACAAACCAGAUGGGAUGGCGUAUCGCUGCAGAAUUCUGUGAUAGCCAUGCUGGUUAAGUUUGCCUUGAAUUCUAAAUAAAUCACUGACAGUGUCACCAGCAAAGCACCCCCACACCAUCACACCUCCUACUCCAUGCUCCAUGGCGGUUGGAACCAGAAAUCUCAAAUUUGGAUAGAUUUCCACCUUCUAAUGUUAAUUGCUCGUGUUUCUUGUCCCAAGCAAGCCUCUUCUUAUUAUUGGUGUCCUUUAGUAGUGGUUUCAUUGCAGCAAUUCGACCACGAAGGCCUGAUUCACACAGUCUCCUCUGAACAGUUGAUGUAGAGAGUUGUCUGUUACUUGAGCUCUGUGAAGCAUUUAUUUGGGCUGCAAUUUCUUGGGCUGCUAAUUCUGAUGAACUUGUCCUCUGCAGCAGAGGUAACUCUGGGUCUUACUUUCCUGUAGCGGUCCUCAUGAUAGCCAGUUUCAUCAUAGCGCUUGAUGGUUUUUCCAACUGCACAAUUUUCCAGAUGGACUGACCUUUAUGUCUUAAAGAAAUGAUGGACUGGCAUUUCUCUUUGCUUAUUUGAGCUGUUCUUGCCAUAAUAUGGACUUGGUAUUUUACCUAAAAGCGCUAUCUUCUGUAUUCCACCCCUACCUUGUCACAACACAACUGAUUGGCUCAAACGCAUUAAGAAGGAAAGAAAUUCCACAAAUGAACUUUUAACAAGGCACACCUGUUAAUUGAAAUUCAUUCCAGAUGACCACGUCAUGAAGCUGGUUGAGAGAAUGCCAAGAGUGUGCAAAGCUGUCAACAAGGCAAAGGGUGGCUACUUCUUAGAAUCUCAAAUCUAUUUUUUCUUUGUUUAACACUUUGGUUACUACAUGAUUCCAUAUGUGUUAUUUCAUAGUUUUGAUGUCUUCACUAUUAUUCUACAAUGUAGAAAACAGUUAAAAUAAAGAAACUCUUGAAUUAGUAGAUGUGUCCAAACUUUUGACUGGUACUGUAUAUUUAAUAUCCUUGUAUAUUCUUGACAUAGAAUAAUUAUAAUAAAGAAAA